AGAGGCAAGUGUUCAGAACCACAGCUCAAAGCAGCACUGAACACUGAGGCUGUGGCUGCACAUUUUCACCUCACCUCACUUCAUUCCCUUUACUUUUUUUCUGGAGCGGAUCAUCACUUGUCACUGAAGUAUUUGGGACUGAAGAUCCAGCAGAAUGUGCUUUUCUUUGCUGCUUUGUCGGUAGUUCUCACCACUGUUCCAUGCUGCAGAUGUUGGACCGUUUCAACUUUUGUGCUUUGAUUGUUGAGGCGAAUGUUGUAAAAAUUAGAGGUUUCGUUGCCAGCAUUGUUUUAUUACCUCUGCACGUCCACUUUGCCCGUGGGGCCUUAUUCAUUAGUAAGCACAAUCUACUUCAUCAAGUUACAGGCGGCUGCGGAGCUACGUGACUGCAGUCAUUCUCAGCAUUACUAAACCCGGACUGGAUGACUUGGAAAUUCCCAGUCAGCAUCUUCUUCUUCACUGAGUAGUUGUCGACUUUUUUUUUUUUUUUUUUUUUUUUUUUUUUUUGCUGGAUUGUUUUUUUUUAUUGCACUUCUGGAGCCACUAUACUACUCCUCUAGUUGCAGGGAUCGCGAAAUGAAACUCGGUUUUGUCAUCGAGACUGCGGUGGCGCUUUAUCUGCUGCUCUCACCUGCACAGUGUCUACCCCUGUCCAGCAUAAACAAUACAACUCAAGUCCUGAUGUUCCAAGAAGUCUGGGGUCGGAGCUUCUGUCGGACCAUUGAGAAACUGGUGGAGGUGGUGCAGGAAUACCCCACAGAGGUGGAGCACAUCUACAGCCCCUCCUGUGUGCCUCUGGUGAGGUGUUCAGGUUGUUGUGGGGAUGAAAACCUGGAAUGCCAUCCGACACAAACCACAAAUGUCACAAUGCAGUUGUUGAAAAUUAGACCAUCAGAACCAGGUCAAGAAUAUGUUGAGAUGACGUUUGUGGAGCAUCAGACAUGUGAAUGUAGAAUCAGGAAGCCUGUUGUGAAGGUGGAAAGGAAAAGGCAAAGAGGAAGAGGAAGGAAGAGGAAGGAGAAACAAAAACUGAAAGAAUGUGACAGGUGUCAGAUCCCUCGCAGGUAACUGCAGUGGCAACCCAACCUCCUGUUGCAGUGUGGCUCAACAUUAACUUCCAGUGCAGUGACGGCAUCAAGAGUCUCCUUCGAUCAUCUGUCAAUUCUGUGUCUGCAGCCAGAGGCUCAAACAGCUGGGUGGUUUUGCUGACAUGCCUUCCUGCUACUGGACAGGGCAUCUGUAAUGAAAAGGUUCAGUGGGUGUUGUGAUCGGUGGAAAUACUGUUGUUACACACCAGAAACAAUGGACAUCCCUGGGAGCCAGUGCAAUUCAGAACCAAACAGACUGAUGCCUUCUCAUUUACAUUAGUUAUCAUUAAAUGUAAUUCUGCUCUUUGGUUUUCUAUUUAAAGGCUCUUUUUUUUAAACAAGUUAUAUUUAUUGACACAGGUGAAUAUAUUUGGAACAGCAAACUUCAGAAGGUUUGUUGUCUUUUGUUCAGAAACCCAAAGAAGCUUUAGUAGUAAAAUGUAUUGGGCUGAGAAUGCAGCUGUUCUGCACAUGCAAUAAUGAAAUGUCUCCCUCUAGUGUUUGUGGAAGCAAUAAAACUGUUUGAAGCAAAACUAGCUUUAUUUUAGAUCAGACAAACAGGAUAAGACAAAGAUGCUGUUGUUAUUGUCAGUCAUCAAUCACACUUAGACACAUCAUCAGUUUAUUAUAAUAUCCAAACUAACAUUUAUAUUAGUUACAAUCUCAUAAAGGAUUUUACUGUAUGAGCCCCCUCUCCCUCCAUGACGUUAUGUGACCAGAAAUUAAUACUGACUUGUGAUGUAAUGCAAAACCUGAAUAUAAACAGUAUUUAUGAAAAAAGUGUAUCAACUAAUUUCAUGACAACAGAAGAUUAUGUAUGAAUAAAUGCUUGAGAUACAGUAUUUAAGCAUCAAAUAAAUGAAAUGGUUUCUCUCCUCCUCCCUGGUUAAGGAAGAGCAGGAGACAUUGUCGCAGAAGUUCCAUGUAAUAAAUUAACAAAAUCAGUACUGUGUGAAAUCUAAUGACAACCAUGAAUUACAGAUGCAGUAAGUGUAAUUUUGUUGAUAUAGUUAUGUUACUUCUAUGUGGUUCCAGGGCUGUAUUACAAAGCCGGCAAGAAGCGGACAGAUUUUUUUUUUUUUUUUUUUUUUAAUUUUAGAUCAAGUGCGCAGCAGGCGAAAGAGCUGAUGUGAGGCCCAGCUGGAAGUGGCAGAUCAAUAACCUGAAUCAAUCCUUUACUAUCAAUCACAACUCAUUUGGAAUAGAGCCCGUUCUAAAGUAUUAACCGCAAUUAUUUGUAAUCUAUUUUUUAAAUGCGGUUUAAGGUUCUUAAAUGAAAACUGUUUUGUACUUAAUGCACUUAAACAGCACAGAAGGUUCCCAUGAGCCUUCAACACAGGCGUCUUCCUCAAUCUGUUUUUGGAAACAGUGUGAUCAGGAGGUGUCAGUUUUAGGUAGUUUUGUUACAUGAUGGCAUAUUUCCAAUUUAUUACUCCGAGGAAAUCCCUGUGAACAUGUAAAAGAUGAAAAGUGUAAACUGUGUUCAAAUAAAGAGAGAAGAGUGUGAAUAAAACCA